AAUUCAUUUUCCCCAAAUUAUGUCUAUUUGGCCCAUGACAGUAAUGGGUAAGGGAUCUUGAUCUAUGAGCUUUUCAGUUUAUCCUCUUUUCCCACUCUGUUGAAGGGGGGAUGGUGGAUGGUGUGAGGUGGGUAAAGGUCUGGCAGCCAAUACAUGGUACAAAGGAUAUGGUUUGGAAUUGGGUGAUCUAGGAAAUUUUUGAGUACAAAGGGUGAAGUAUUUGGUUCCAAGGAUGAUAUAUGAAGAAAAAUGGUGGGUUUUAAGUCUCUAGCAUUUAUAGUCUUCUCUAUUUCAAAGCAAAAGGAAUGGCUUUCUUAGGUUUUCAUGGUGUGAGAAGAGAAACUCCAUCAGAAUAAAAGAUGACAUCCUACAUGUUCUGGUUUGAUCUAAAAAUUUACAAGAACUCAGGACUAAGUCUUAAAGGGACUUCUUCAACUGAUCCUGUUUUGGAAAAGAUUAUGUAGUAAACCUAAGCCAUGGCUGGUCUUAAAGAAGUGAAAUUUAGAGCAAGAGACUGUUUUAUAUUUAAAACAAUUUAAUAUAUUUGCGUGGAAAAAAAAAAAAAGACAAACUCAAUACCCCAUCAAGAGUAAAGCACAGAAGAACACCUAACUAAAUACACAGUUGUCCCAAAUAUUUUGGUGUCAUUAACUCUUGGAUAUAUCAGCUUUUACACUCAUGAAUGUUUUAUUUGCUCUUUCAUAGAUCUUCCUGAGAGAUAACCAACUGGAUACUGGACAACAAAAGAAGUAAUCAGACUCCACUGACCUGUUUAACCCUGUGAAGGAUGAAAAACAGCAGCUGCUUUCUGUGGAACAGGGCUUCUGGUGGCACUUGCUUCUUUCCUUUGGGAUGAUAUUGGCGUGAAGACAUCCAGGUAUUGAAACCAUAAUGUUGUGAGUUUAUACAUGCCAGACUGUGUUCCAGCACUUUUUGAAGCAGCUUUGGUAAUGCACUGCUAUCAUGGCUGAACAAAGGCAACGUGCUUUGUCAACAUCAGGUGAAGCGUUAUAUGAAAUCCUGGCACUAGAGAAGGGAGCAACACAUGAUGAGAUCAAGAAGUCCUACAGAAAAUUGGCCCUGAAAUAUCAUCCUGACAAGAAUCCAGACAAUCCAGAGGCUGCAGAAAAAUUUAAAGAGAUCAACAAUGCUCAUGCAACCCUGACUGAUCUGUCCAAGCGAAACAUAUAUGACAAGUAUGGAUCAUUAGGGCUCUAUGUGGCAGAACAGUUUGGUGAGGAAAAUGUUAACACCUACUUCAUGCUCUCAAGCUGGUGGGCAAAGGGCCUGUUUGCAGUCUGUGGUUUGCUGACGGGCUGCUACCUCUGCUGCUGCCUCUGCUGCUGCUUCAACUGCUGCUGUGGGAAGUGUAAACCCAAGGCACCCGAGGGGGAACAGCAGGAGUUUUGUGUGUCUCCAGAAGAUUUGGAAGAGCAAAUUAAGAAUGACAUGGAAAGAGAUGGAGAAACUCCUAUUACGCUUCAGCCGACUAACGUGACGGAGAAGACACAACUGAUUGGGGACAGCCACCGCAGCUAUCGCACAGAGUCCUAGAGCGGCCUGUCGGUGCUCCUCACUGAACCUCACCGUGAGAAAAACGUCAUAAGUUCUGCAGCCUGUGCUCACAGCUGUCUUUAAGCUAAUCAAGAGUAACCUGACAGUAAUUUCCUACCAAGGCAGAAUGUCCCUCUAUGCUACUUUCACCAGUUUGAUCCCUGCACUGCGUGUGGAGAUACCUAUGGCCUGUACGCAUGCUGGUCUCCCCUAGCUUCAAUUGUCUUUCCCUCUCAUAAUAAUAUUCCCUUUGGUAUAGCUGGUCUUCUGCCUGCCCUCACCUGUAGUUUCACCUCCCAGACAGUCUUGAGUCCCUUUAUGGACACACUGGCUGUCUCUCCCUGCCCCAGGAACUUUCCUUGCAUGCAUCAGUUUUGCUGGAUGUGAAACAUUCCUGUGAGGAGCCCCAGAAGUGCUCUUUGGCAGGUCUCAGGGAGAAAGUUGGUGGCUCUCCUUCCCAGAGAAGAGGUACUCUUUGGAGGGCAGCUAGUGGCUUGCUGAGACCCAGCUCUGGCAAUUAUAAAUUAUAAAUCCUGAGUCAAGACAAAGUGCUGGGAGAUUUUUCUGUUGGCUGUUACAGCGCACGUCACCCCAAAUGCAGGAGCCUCAUCCAGAAGCACACGUCGGCUCUGUGUCUUCCCCUGCAAAAGCUGCAAACCCAUGAGAGAGAGCAAAGACCAGCGGGAGUGGAAGGCUCACCCUGGGCUGUCCCAGAGCCUCUCUCCUCCUCCCACAGGCCUGUGGCAAAGCUCCUCCUCUUGGCUCCCAGCCAAGGGCUUUCUGCCAGCUGGCUUAUUCCACCGUGCCCUUGGCGAGUGGCCCUGCUGCCCUGCUGGCACUGGGCUGGGAGCCAUCACACCAGCACAGGCACGGGGCUGUGGGAGCAGCAAGGACUUGGCAGGGAAAGCAAGCAGCAAAGGAGUGACCGUCCUCCUCACCAGCUCAUUGGGAAAUUCAGGAGGUGUUGGCAGUCCUGCAUUAGGCACAGCAUUCCCUGCUCCCGCUGGAACAGCCGCUCCUGAGAGAGAGAUACAGCGCACAGGUUCGGUUUGCGAUGAGGGCGGAACUCUUCAAGAAAAG